AUGGUCCUCCCUAUCAGCGAUACCAAUGACUCCACCGCAUCGAUAAGGCAUCGCCUACUCCAAUCACUCCCAGGACCCCAGCAGGUCCUGAAGGCCUUGACAGGCUCAUUGAGCAUACAGUCGCUCUCGGGGUCGGACAUUGACACCUCACAGAACACCUUCCAGCAUUGCUCCCAGCCGGAGCUGAGCUGUCAAACCAGAUAUCACGGCCAAGACACCUGCUGCUUCAACUAUCCGAGUGGGCAAUUCCUGCAGAGUCAAUUCUGGGACGCUGACCCGGCAAUCGGUCCGGAGGAUUCAUGGACAAUUCAUGGACUCUGGCCGGACUACUGUGACGGCGGAUUUGAUCAAUACUGUGACAAUCAUCGGAGAUACAGCAACAUCUCCUUGAUCCUCGUCGACUCCGGUCGAGGCGAUCUUCUGGAUGAAAUGCGACGCUAUUGGAAAGACUGGCACGGCGACGACGCGAACCUUUGGGAGCAUGAGUGGAACAAACACGGCACUUGCAUUAGCACGCUGGAACCCCAUUGCUACGAUACCGACUACUAUCCACAGCAGGAGGUGGUUGAUUACUUUGAUAAAACCGUCGAGGUUUUCAACAAUCUUCCAACAUACAAGACCCUUGCCGAUGCCGGAAUCUACCCGUCAUACGAGAAGACAUACACCCGUCACGAAAUCCAAGAUGCUCUGACCAAAGCGCAUGGAGCCGAAGUGUCGAUCCGGUGUCGACACAAUGCCCUAAACGAAGCCUGGUACUACUUCAACAUCGCCGGGUCCUUGCAAGCGGGCAAAUUCGUGCCUUCAGAUCCGGACGGCCAGAAAUCCAACUGCCCAGCCAGCGGCAUCUUCUACCAACCCAAAACACCCCGCAAGGGAACCCCGACCAAGGGUCCAUCCGAGCCCACGGCCCCUAGCACGCCGUUCACAGGACGCGGUAACCUGGUCGUCUCGACACUCGGGCAACGCAGAGGCUGUCUGAUUAGUCGCGGGACGUGGUUCACGUCGGGGACCUGCGCGACGUUCAGAGUCAAGGAAACUUCUGACGAAGCUACCUCGUUCACAUUACAAUCCAGCAUAGGGGCCUGCGCAUUCGAAGACGAUGUCUUCAGCUGCGGUCCCCAUAUCACAUCGGCGACUGAGUUCAGUGCCGAGGACACCAAACUCUCAUACCGCGGAAACACCACAUUCUUCGCAGACAAGGCACCCAAGGGCCCUGUGAAAAGCGAAGUAUUUGCAUCUGAAGCGGACCAUCCGAUUCAGUUGGAGAUUAGCUGGAAGGGGAAUUAUUAA